GGAAACCAAAGGAUUGGUGUGUUGCUCGACUUGAAAUUUUAUAUAUAUCUAUUUUUUUUGCGCACAUUUUAUCCCCACGCCUGACAGCCUCGGCAAAACCAAAACAAUAAUACUAAUAAUGAUCAGUCCUUUUGAUGGUAUCUGAUCUUUUUUUUUUUUUCUUCUUUUUUUUUUUUUUUUUUGAAUGUGAUGACAGUAAACGGGCUGUGUGUGUGUCUGUGUGCGCUCGCUGUGCUCCGGUUGGCCGUGAUAUAACCGUGUAGGAUCGUUUGGAUGCUGGAGGAAGAGGCUCUGACGCUCCGGGAAGCUUCGUCCAUCCCUCCGUGUCCUCCUCGUUCCUGCGACCGGCUGCAUGACCGGUGAUGCUCGGCCUCUCCGCCUGGAUGCGCCCCUCUCUCCGCGGUGUGCCGUCGGUACCGCUGCCUGUAUCCCCCUAUAGCAGAUUUCCAGUGUCGCCGGAGAAAGGUCUAGGGACCACAUAUGGAAACUGGGGAUCAGAAUUUUAGGAAAAAGGAAAACUAAGCAGGCUGUCGUUUGAUUUUCAUUAACUUAAUAUUUUUUUUCCUCCUCCUUUUUUGGGUUUUUUUUUUUUUUUUUUUUUUUUUUUUUUUUUUUUUUUUUUAAUUUGGAGAGAGGGGUUGAUCGUCCCUGGUUGGUUUUAUUUUCCUUCAUCUCUUUAAGGAAUGGCUGGUUUUCAUGGCAGUCAUGGUACCGGCUGAUUAUUUGGCAUUAUUUAUCACUCUGUCUUUGAUUUUUUGGGGGGAGCAUUUGAUUCUGCUGGUUUGAAUUUGUUCUUUCAUUUUCUUUCAGCACAUCCAGUCCUUUCCUUUCCUCUUUCUCUUUUUUUUUCUCAACAUAUUUUGGGCCCUGCCUGUCUGUCUUGCCUGUCUCCCGUCACCCUUCUUCCCACUGAAUACAUGUGAUAGCCUGAUUCUUUCAGAAAAUGCCUGUGAUGAGCCUCCAUAAUUCACUGAUCCACUGGGUUGCAUCAAGGUAGACAGAUCUCAUCCUGAAUUGUGCCAUCAUCUGUUAGAGGUCUCUGCUUCUGCCUCUUCUGUUUCUUUUGGGGCCAUUUUAAAGAAAUCAGGCCGCCAACUGUGUUAGUCUUAACCACCCUCCACCCCCACACCCCCGGUGUUUCUUCAUCCCUGUUCAGUAUGAAUUAAUUCACACUGCAUGCAUGCGUGUGCUCGUCCGUGUACAGGUGUGUGCCAGUGAAAGUUUGGCUGUGUGAGCGAGUGUGUGUUUGUGUUUGCGUGUGAGCCGGAGAAUGACAGCGUAGGUUGUGUGUGUGUGUGACGGCCUGUGUGGGAAAGAAAAAAAAAAAAACGAAGCAAAAGAAAUCAAGCGCUACAUGCACAUCAUUCCAUACAUCACCGUUGAAGCUGUGAGGAUUGUAAUACAUGUUCUUUUAGUCAGCUCAGAAAGCCAAACCCAGGCCUGAGACGACCACGGAGAGAGAAAACAGAGCAAAAUCCUCCAUCUUCUCAUUAUCUCGGCCUUUUUCUUCUCAGAGUUUGACAUUUAGAGGCCUUCCAACUCAACAAAGUAGGCCUAGAUCCCAGACCAGGUCUCUUGUGGGAUCUGCUAGAAGCCUGUGUUUUUAGGUCAACAUUUUUUUUCCAGAGCAGGGCAACUUACUGCCACUUGAGGACUAGAAUUUAGAAACCUCUGUAGCUGAGGGUUCUGUCAUCCUCGCCAAAGUCUGUGUGACCCGUCUGUUGGGCCAAACAGCCUCCCAUCCACUCCCCACUCCCCCCAACCUCACCCUCAUCUUAAUUUUCACCUGUUUGCUGUCCCAACCCAAAACCAACCAUACGAUUUCCCCCGAGCUCCCCUAACUCCCCCGCCCCCCCAGCGGCCCCCCGCUACCGUCGUCCGCCCGACACCGCCCACCCCCCGUUUUCCGAGCUGGCGUGGCGACGCAAACUCACAAAUAUUUACUUCCUAUACAUCAAGAGGAAAGGGGGCCCCCCUUUCGUGGAAUGCGGCAACAUGGGCGUGUUUGACCGCGGAGUUCAGAUGCUGCUGACCACGGUAGGGGCCUUCGCCGCCUUCAGCCUUAUGACCAUCGCCGUGGGGACAGACUACUGGCUGUACUCGCGCGGCGUCUGCAAGAUCAAGAGCACCAACGAGAACGAGACCAGCAAGAAGAACGAGGAGGUGAUGACGCACUCGGGCCUCUGGAGGACCUGCUGCCUGGAAGGUUCUUUUAAAGGCAUGUGUAAGCAGAUAGAUCACUUCCCCGAAGACGCUGACUACGAGGCGGAUGCUUCCGAGUACUUCCUACGCGCUGUACGAGCCUCCAGCAUCUUCCCCAUCCUGAGUGUGAUCCUGCUCUUCAUGGGGGGGCUGUGCAUCGCCGCCAGCGAGUUCUACAAGUCACGCCACAACAUCAUCCUCAGCUCCGGCAUCCUCUUCGUCUCUGCAGGCCUGAGCAACAUCAUAGGAAUCAUUGUGUACAUAUCAGCCAACGCUGGGGACCCUUCCAAGAGUGACUCCAAGAAGAACAGCUACUCCUACGGCUGGUCCUUCUACUUCGGCGCCCUCUCCUUCAUCAUGGCCGAAAUGGUGGGUGUGCUGGCCGUGCACAUGUUCAUCGACCGCCAUCGGGAGCUCCGAGUGGGGGCACGAGCCGCCGACUACCUCCAAGGUGCGGCCAUCACGCGCAUCCCCAGCUACCGCUACCGUUAUCGACGUCGCUCACGCUCUUCGUCCCGCUCCACAGAUCCCUCGCACUCCCGCGAGGCAUCACCGGUGGGCCUGAAGGCCUUCGGGACGCUGCCCUCCACUGAGCUGUCCAUGUACACGCUGCCCAAGGGCCAAACGGGCACCCCGACAGCCACCUAUAACUCCACGGAGAGGGACCACAACUUCCUGCAGGUCCACAACUGCAUCCAGAAGGACCUGAAAGACUCAGGCAACACCGCCAACCGACGCACGACUCCUGUAUGAAACUGAUAGAGGGACCUCAGACACUUAAAAAAAAAAAAAAAAUCAGAGGGAAUUUGGGGGGAGGCGGCAAAAGACAGAUCACGGUGUUAAGGAGACGGGAAGAGGCUUAAAUGGAUAGAUGGAGUGAGGAGUAAGCGGCAGCGGGGGAAAGUUCUGAGCGCUCCACAGCACCUCAGAUGAUCACUGAGUUUCUGUUUAAAAAAAAGGAAACAGAGAAAAAAAUGCAUAAAAAAAGAAACAUGCAUGAUUUUCCCAUCUACCAUUGUUUAACAAGUUUUGAACAUGUUUGUAAAGAUUUGAGGGGGAGGAUGGGGAAAGAGGAGUUGGGAGUGGGGGGGUGGCCGGUGGAUGUCUGUCUCGGGGCUGUGGAACUGUGGAGUGGUGGGCUGGGCCAGACUGCCCGAUAAAAGGCGAACUUUAUAUUUUUUACUCUUCCUCAGUCUGAUGAAAAAGGGGGCGUAGUUGACCCCUCAGCCCCGCCUAUGAUCCCGCCCUCGCACUACCAUCCCACGAGCCCCCCCAACACACACACACACACACCCUAACCUCCCUUAAACCCCACUCCUUACUUUAGUUGCUGUAUCUUCUUGAUUUCAUUCUUUAUUCGCAUUAAUACUGUGAACCAUUGCGGUGUGGGAUUUUAGCAGGGAGCAAAUUCAGGCCGCAAAAAAGAAAAAAAAAAGAAAAAAAAACACAUAAGUUAAUAUAUGUAUUGAUUAUAUAUAAAUAUAUGAAUAUAUAUGUUAAUAAAUCAUGACUAGACUUCCCUGGCGCAAAAAAAAAAAAAUAUCAACAAGAGACAAAAAAAAGAAAGAAAACAAAGAAACCUACAAGUGAAACUAAAUCAAGUCGUCAUGGAAACCAAACCAAGACGGGAGGAUUCAUCGUGACUGGCUCAUGUGACGGGCAAAAGGCUUCAGCCUACUUGAUAAACUGAUAUUGGUUAGUAUUAGACACAUUAUCACAUUCUUUUACAACAACAACAAAAAAUAAAAUAAAUCUUUUGGCCUUCCACCGAAAAACCCUGGCAGCCGUCGUUGUUCAGGGUCAACUAGAGGUGAAAAAGUUGACCUCACUUUUUUUUUUUUUCUUCUUUUGGCUCCAUAAAGGGGCGGAGCGAGGAGAGAACUCUGGGUAAUGGAGGAUCUCUCAGCAAACUUGAAGAAAGACUGUGGACAGUGAAUAAUGACACUACUGCCAAAGACACAAAGUAGUGCGUGAGAGAACAUGGCUACCAGCGAGGUGAAGCUAAGUGACUCCAAAAAAUUAAGAAUUUACAUGCAUGCUAAUCAAAAUCAUCCGAUCUGCUUUUAAGGAACCUAUGUUUUGAACAAUUGAACAAUGAUACCAUGUAAGGGCAGUGGGGUGACAAAGUAGAAAUUAAUGUUACAGUACUGUGUCUAUUUCAAUUUUUCAUUUUUUUUUUUGUUUUUGUUCGAGUGGGUAAUCUGGGGUGGGGCUUCAUUACGCUUGAAACAAAAAGAACAAAACUUUGGAGAACGUAUCAAGGCUUUUUUUAAAACAGAAGAAAAAUCUUAUCUUGCCUUUUUUUUUCUCUCUUUCAUUUAAUUUUAUUUUCUCGGUUCCUUUGAACUCUCACACAGCCUUAGUCUCUUUUUCUUUGUCUCAUUUUUUCUUGUUCUUCGGUUUUUGCGUUGUGUUGUUGUAAAUGAGAAUUUAAAAAGAAAAAAAAAAAGCGUAAUGUCUUUCAAGGUGCCAAAACUGAAUGAUUCUGAACUUGGAUGCAUCAAGUCCUGAUGACGAAUAAAAAUUGAACCCCCCCGUAGGGAA